UUGCAUUUCAGACAGCAAAGCCUGCUGAUUUCAUUUUGUCUGACAAUGAAGAUUGGUUUGGCUCGACGGCAAGGAGGAGCAUAGCACAUGUCGUUUAUGAUCCAAGUACCGACCGAUGGACCAUCAAUUGGAGCGAGGUGACUUUUGGAUAACAAGUCAAAGGAAGGCACCAGUAUCCCUCUUGAUAUGGGCCAUGUUUUCAGAAGUUGCAUGGAGUGGCAAGGUAUAGCACCCUUCUUCGUCUUCACUUCACCAACUUAGUGAAAUGAGCCCUCUGGAAACCUCACCACGCGUACUACGGGCGCUCAUCUUGUUAUUGUCAAUCACCAUCACCUUCACCGCGCGUACACGCGUUGAGAGCGCAUAUAAGAGCGCUUCAUCCGCCCACUUCGUGCCUUUUCCUCUCCUACUGGGAGCAGUGCUGACGUUUUUUCCCUAGGUACCAGCUGAGAUACCACAAUGCAAAACCUCUCCUCCCAGGGCGUUGAUGCCAGCGAGCACCGGCUCAACGCCCUUGAUACGGGCUCCGCUUCCCUGUCUUCCGGAGCUACGACUCCAACAACACCUACCGCCAGAGGCUCCCGCCCGCGAGGCCACUUCGUGCACGGCCUCUGCGGAAGGUCGUUCCCGAACAAGCACGACGUCAAGAAGCACCACUGGGGGACGAGGAUCGCCGAUCCAAACACCCAGCUUGGGUGCUGGGCGAGGUACGGAAAGCCUCCCCACGUGGCUUGGGACGACCAUCCCAGUUGCAGGCUGCCGCCGAAGAAGCGGGCCUCGAAGAAGUCUGCGGCCGCUGCACGAGGCCAGGAAGAGGCACUGGACAGGGCUCCAGUUGCCCUACCCCCUCCGCCCACGGCGCCGGCCUUCCCUCUCCAGCCGCCUCAAAACGGCUUCUUUCCUCUCCCUCCUCCUCCACCCACCACUCCAGCACCAGGCUGGAGUGAGUUCGACUCGGUGGGCUUCCUCCCGGCCGAGCAGGGCCCCUUCCUUCCUCACCCUCCACCCACCAUGGCGCCCGGCUGGGCCGAUUUCGACGUUGCCUUUCCUCCUCCCGGCCAAGCCUCCCUCCCUCCUCCUCAAUUCCGUCCCUCCAUGGCCUUCCCUCUAGAGUGGGCCUCUCUCAACGCGGGCCCGACCCUGUACCCGGGGGGCUUCGCUGGAUUCCCACCUCCGGCGCCGACCUUUCCUCCUCUUCCUCCCUUUGGUGUACCAGCACCACCAGGCCCUAUGGCCAUGCCAUUUGCGUGCGGUGAGCUGGUCACCGAAAACUUCACUGACGCCGGGCCGUUGUUGCCCACGGACGCGCGGCCGAUUCUCGCCCAGGGAGAUAUCAACCUGGAUUACGUGGCCUUUCUGGCCGAUUUUGAAGCUGGGGAGCCGAUGCAGGAGGAAGAGCAGGAUGGACAGGAAGAUGCGGCGGGAGCGUGAUCAGCCAAGACGAUGAGCUUAGAUUAUGGUGACGAAGAGACGACCUUGACGAUGAUGAUUGUUUUGGUUUUCGUUUCUUUUAAUGUUUCGAUAUCAUACUUUUUUCCAGAAGGCGUUUGAGGCUAUGAUACCCAGAGGUUGUUGUGUUUUCGGAUACUCUCAGGACAUGUUGAGAAGGGGGUGACGGGAUUAGGCUGACUUCUGCAAGCUUUGUUGAGAUGCUGUUCUGCUGCUUUCUGUACGUCAGUAAACUUUCCAAGACCAGAAAUCAGAAUACGACAAUUCGACUAUUGUCGUCACGAUCCGACAACA